CUUAAUUUUGGUUGGCAAGAUGCUGGGAGGCUUCUGUCUGAACCUUUUGCUAUCGUGGCUGCUGCGCAAAUGAACCAGACAGACCUCAAUGCAAGCCUGGCGAGCCCGACUUUGUCAUCAGUUGUCAGCGACCUUCUUGGGCAUCAGGGCAGCCACCCCAGCAACACUGUUUCGAUGAAGACGCCUCCGAAAUCAAACAAUUCCAGUUCACCACCAGCAAACAAGAUCUCCCGCUCGGAAAAGGAAGCUCCGACCAUGCCGACGGUCGCUUCAACCAUGGCGAAGGGCACAGGGAAUGUUUCAGACAGCAGUCAUACCCUUGUCGCAUCUGCACCCUCGUCUAUGCCGUUCCGUGCAACUCUCGCGGACGGGACGGUCGUCCUCAGACCAUUCUCAGGUUCACCGCCCAUUCGUACUCAGUCUUCGCGAUGUGGGGACACAAAUAAUUUGAGAAGAUCGCAUGCAAUUUGUGGUGGCGCCCAAGCCCAAGCCCAGGGCCAAGAGGGGGUGGCUGCGGCUGCAUUUGCGUCCCAGCCUGCCGCCGCUGUCCUCUCGUUUCACGUCGGCAACGAUGGCCAGCAGUUGAGUGUCAAGGUUGAGCCAUUCGAAGAGGGACCUCCUGCCGCACUGCAUCCCCCUCCUACUGCCCAUCGCUCGCUAGUGGCCGCAUCCGAAGUGCACAAUCUGGAAAGCGUCGGAAGGCGGCAAAGUGAGACUGCCUGCAUUCCCCAUCUUCAAGAGAAACGGGUAAACCGGAAGGAGCGGCACUUCUCGCUGGGACCGUGGAGCAGAAUCAAUGAGCUGACAGUUACGUCAGAGGGAAUUAGGCUUUUGGGGGAUUUUAUUGUGAUGCCAACACCAUUAGAACAUUAGGAUAACCUUGAUAAGUGUAUUAAAAUAUAAUAAAAAUUAUAAAAUUAC